UCGUUUCGCUUCCUAUGGUCCGACGCUGCGCGUCGCCGCGCCCGACGCCCACGUGCCACAGGCUCCAAGCUCGCGCUGGCUGACAGCGAUCCGUGCCCAACACGCGCAGGCGCCGCCGGGGAGUAGCCAGCGCCCCUCCCAAGCACCUUCCCGGCGGGCAGCGCCUCCGUAGCGGUGCUGGCGGCCCCUGCGGCUCAGAGGGACGACACCACCAAGCCGGCCGGCACCGCGAGUGAGUCUUCGAAGGCGUGCAUCGGGCGUAGAAAAUGGCCGCAGAGCGCAGCCUCAGCGACGCAAUCUCUUCCGCCUGAGCGGUGGUCAACUCUCUGGCGGGGCUCGGGCCCUCUCCGGCUGCUGCGAGCUGCGCGAUGCGCGUCCCCUCCGCCGCACGGCCGUGCCCCUGGGUACUGCCAAAGGCGGCUACGAGCAUUAUCGUUGCUACCAGCGCCACCGUGCCGGCGCUGGCCAAAAUCGUCGACGUCGCGUCGGCACUCUCGACGGCGCGCCUGGGCUCGUAG